ACACAAAGAUAUCCCUCUGAAGUCCGACUCUUCUCUAUCAAAAACCUGCUCGUCAAGCACACCUUCGUCUAAGAAUCCCACUUCCAAACCGGCUAAGAUGAAGCUGAGCAUAACAGCCCUUGUCAGCAUUCUCCCUGCUUUGAGCUGGGCUUGUGCCACAUACCAGUUCUGCCUCUGUGGUAACAGCGACGGCAGUUUCCACGAGGAGGCAACGAAGAAGAUGUGCAAGAGCAAGCUCGGGACUUACAUGCAGUUUGACGAUGGCCGGCACUACUGCAUUGCGGGCGUCGCGAAUGCCGGAAUCGCAGGCGCUCAGCCUUUGCUUUUCAAUAACUGCGCCGUCAGGAAGAUGUGUAACAACUACGGCUCCACUGGAGACUCGAACUGCUGGGGAAAGACGUGGUAAAAAAGACUGGGUUGUCGGUCGUGCUGUGUCCAACGCAGGGACGAAUCUCGCAACGGGUGGGUGGCACGAAGAGCCCUAGGCUCAAGUAAUC